AUGGAAGACAACCAAACAAUACUAAGUGAUUUCAUUCUCCUUGGCCUUUCAGAUCUGCCAAAUGCUCAGCAUAGUCUCUUCUUGCUACUUCUUCUCAUCUACCUGAUGACACUGACUGGAAACCUCCUGAUUCUUCUCAUCAUCUUCUUAGAUUCACAUCUCCAUACACCUAUGUACUUCUUUCUCGCAAACCUUGCUUCACUUGAUAUAUGUUACUCUCAGGUCACCUUGCCAAAACUUCUCUUAGACUUCUUUAUCAAAAAGCAAACUAUCAGCAUUGCGUCCUGUAUAGCACAAAUCUUUUUCCUGCAUUUUUCAAUUUCUUCAGAACUGUUCCUGUUGGCUGUCAUGUCUUAUGAUAGAUAUAUUGCCAUUUGCCACCCUCUGCAUUACAUUAAACUAAUGCAAAAAAACAUCUGUACUCAGCUUGCCUGCUUAGUCUGGUUAUGUGGAUUUUUGUAUUCUUUAGUUCAGAUCCUUUGUACGCUGAGGUUAUCUUUUUGCAGGCAAAAUUUUAUCAACAAUUUAUUUUGUGACCUUCCCCAGUUGCUUCAGCUGUCAUGCACAGAAACGUUAACUAACAUCCUUGUCAUUCUGAUCUUUGGAGGAAUCUUGGGAUUCUGUGCUCUUGGAGUUACCUUUUUUCCCUAUGUCUAUAUUUUUAAAACUGUACAAAAGAUUAAGACAAAACAAGGGAAGACUAAGGCUUUCUCCACCUGUACAUCCCAUUUGUCAGUCGUUUUUACAAUUUAUGCUGCACUUAUAUUUACUUAUUUCCGCCCCACCACAGAUAAACACUUUGAGUAUGACAAACUGGUCUCUGUGCUGUAUGCUGUGAUCACCCCUUUGUUAAAUCCAAUAAUUUACAGCCUAAGAAACAAUGAUCUAAAAAGAGCCCUAAGCAGAGUUCUUCACAAAAGCAGCUUUCAUGUUAUUAAACCAUCGUACAAUAAUGUAUCUACAAUAUGUCAAUAA